GAAGCUUCUAGGUCCUCUGGCGACUAGUCGCAGAGCCAUGGAAUGUCGGGCAAUGACGGAUUUUGGAUGAACGGGAAUGAAAUGCAUGAAGCUUGUGCUACUCUGUUCUUUGGGUGAACGAGUAGGUGAAUUUGACAUGGUGUCCUGCAAUUGAAAGAGGAGUGCCCCGGGGAUGACCUAAUUAUCUCCAUACUUGCAGCAUUCACUCUACUCCGAGAAAUUUUCUUGAGGACUCGAGUUGGCUGUGUAUAUUCUUCGCCUGAUCGAUUUCUUUUCAAUUUUUUAUGAUUGCCCUCGCAUUUACGAAUGCAAUGACCCCUUUCUAGGUUAAGUUAUAGAUUCUAAUGAAAACACAGGAAAAGGGAAACGUCCCAAGUUGUAAGAAAAUCACUUCCAACUUUUCUCUCCAUAAAUCCACCGUAAAUUCAUAUUGUAUUAACAAGCACGAAUGGUGUUAAAAACAUGUUCGUUUUCUCUCAUUAGGGCUAACAAACGCAUGCAAGAUAUUUGUGUAUUCUAACGGGGUCCUAAGGACACAAAAAAGCUCAGUCAAAGGCUGAACUGCCAAGAAGAAAAGAAGAAGAAGAGAAAAAGCAGUUUUCUGACCGAAACAUAUACGUUGGACUAGGAACACAAUUGCUUUGUUUGGGAUUAAGCUUAUGCCCUCUUUUGUGGUGAUGGAUCAACGGUAACGUGGAAGCAAGAGCAGACGAAAAACCAGCGUCCCAUAGAGCCAAAAGAAAAAGGAAAAAAGCAGAGCACAGCACAGAGAGAGAGAGAGAGAGAGAGAGAGAGAGAGAGCCAACAAGUCACAGUAUUUGGUUACUGCUUGUCAAGUGCCUCUGAAGCUUGAAAGAGCCUCUCUGCUCUCUGUUCCUGAUCAGUUUUCCCCUGGUGAAAUAAUAGAAUGAUGAAACAGCAGGGCCCGUCAAGGCUUCAGACUUGUGUCCUGAGAGUGAACAUACACUGUGAUGGCUGUAGGAAGAAAGUGAAGAAGCUGGUGCAGAAAAUAAAUGGGGUGCAGAAUAUUUCCAUAGACGCGGAGCUGGGGAAGGUGACUGUGAUGGGUUAUAUCGACCCCAGGACAGUCAUCAAGAAGCUCAUAAAGUCAGGGAAGCAUGCAGAGAUAUGGAGAGCUCAAGAAAAGAGCUUCCAUAACCAGAACCAACUCAACCACCAGUUCAAGAACAUGCAAAUUCAGUUCUCCAACAGCAAUGGUGGUGAGAGAGACAAAUAUUUCCAAAAGGGCGGUGGGAAUGGAUUUGGGCAUAUCCAGCCAAAAGGGUCCAAGGAUAUGAUGCAGAUGGUUCCCAAAGCUAAGAAAUCGGUCACGUUUGAUCUCGAUGAGGACGACGAAGACUAUGUGAGUGAUGACAGUCUCUACGAUUCCGAUGACGAUCUUGAGCUCGAUCUCGGUUCACGUACACCACGCAAGCCGUCCCCCAUGGGGGUUGCUGGUGCUUAUGGGCAAACGGGUACUAAGGGAAUGAAGAAAGCCAAGAAAGGUGGUAUCUUUCGCAUACCCAUGUUGGGAAAAGGCCAAGGCAAGAAAAAUGAGGGCAAAUAUGGCAAAGGAGGGAAGAAUGAUAAAUGUGGAGGCAAAAAUAGCAAAAACAGCUUCAACGGAGGAUAUCCAAAGCAAAGUGGGCCAAAGAAUGGAGCUAUCAACAGAAACUAUGGCAAUGGUGGUGGUGGAGGCAAGAAGAUGAAUUCUGGUUUUGAUAUUGAUUUCACUAAUCCUGGCAAAGGCCGGGGUGGAGCUGGCCGCGGAGGCGGCGGCAGCGGGUACGGCGCUCCGGUGCCGCAGAUUGGUAAUUACCCAAUGGGCCACCAGGGCCAGAUGGGGAACUUUCCAGCAGUUGGAGGACUACCUGCACCAAUGGCAAUGAAUGGUGGAGGAUAUGGGCCAAUGGCAGGCCCAGGAAAUGCAUACAACCAACAACAUCCCAUGGCCAUGAUGAUGAUGAUGAACCAGCAAAGCGCCCAUGGGAAUGAGAUGCUGAGGCCCAUGCCCAUGAUGUAUGGGAGGCCACAUCCCAUGAUGAACUACCACCAGCAACCCAUGCCCAUGGUAACAACAGCAAGAGGAUAUUCUGAUCCUUACACACACAUGUUCAGUGAUGAGAACACUGAGAGUUGCAGCAUCAUGUAAAGCCAGAGAAGCUGCUCUUUAGGUUUUGCCCACCCAACGACAUUUUGCCAAAACAUGAAGAGAGAGUUCAUGUGUCCUGAGCUAUUUGUAUUGUAAUUAGAUUGGCGGCCUUCUUUUAAAUUCAAUAUAUGGAAGGUUUAGUAUGGUA